AUGUCCCCUGAACACGAGUCCGAGUCAAUACACACAACAGAGCAAACACCCUUACUACCAGACACGCAACGGCAUGCCGAAGACGAGGAAGCCCGACGGGCGACAGACGUGCCAGGGGGCUCUGAAUCAUCAGAGGCUCCUCUGGCCAAGGAACACAGCACUGGCGAACUGACUGUGAUUCUCGGGAGUAUAUGGGUUGGGGUUUUCUUUGCAUCCUUGGACACGACGGUGGUGGCGACGCUCACUGCUUCAAUCUCCUCGUCGUUUCAGUCCUUCUCGCUCCUCUCCUGGCUGGCGACGUCGUAUCUGAUCUCGACGGCGGCGGUCCAGCCCCUGAGCGGCCGCUUGACGGACAUCUACUCGCGGCGGACGGGGCUGAUCUUCUCCCACGUCGUCUUCGCGCUGGGGAACCUCAUCUGCGGGCUGGCACAACACCAAUGGGUGAUGAUACUGGGCCGCGUGGUGUCUGGUAUCGGCGGCGGCGGCUUGCUGGUCAUCACGACGUUCAUCACGUCUGACCUGGUUCCGCUACGUCGACGAGGCGUGUGGCAGGGGAUCGGAAACAUCUGCUACGGGGCCGGCGGCGGGCUGGGCGGCGUGUUUGGCGGUUGGAUCAAUGACACACUCGGGUGGCGGGCAGCGUUCUUGAUCCAAAUCCCGUUCCUGGUCGUCUCGACCAUCCUGGUGGCGGUCACGGUCCAUAUCCCCGUCAAGGAGACCGAGAUGGCGCGGAUCAAGCGCGUGGACUUUCUGGGCGCUGUGGCACUGGUCGUCACCCUCGUCCUGCUCCUCCUCGGGCUCAAUGCAGGCGGCAACCAGGUCCCCUGGACGCAUCCGCUGGUGCUGGCCUCCCUGCCUCUGUCGGCCGUGUCACUCGCGGUCUUUGUCUACAUCGAGGCCAAUGUCGCGGCCGAACCGAUCAUCCCGGUGCGACUGCUCCUGAACCAGACCAUCCUGUCGGCCUGUCUGACCAACUGGUUCGUGACCAUGACCGUCUUCGGCCUGCUCUUCUACCUGCCACUUCUGUUCCAGAUCCAGGGCUAUUCCACCACGGCGGCGGGGGCGCGCCUGAUCCCCCAGGCCAUCGGCACGUCGAUCGGUUCGCUGGGGUUGGGCAUCCUCAUGCGCCGGACAGGACGGUACAAGGUGUUCGGCCAUGUAGCCAUGCUCCUCCUGACAGCCUCGACGGCUGCAAUCUGCUCGUUGGGUCUAAACACCCCGGCCUGGCUGCCGUUUGUCUACUUCCUGCUGAUGGGGACGGGCUACGGAGGCAUGCUGACGGUGACCUUGGUCGCGCUCAUCUCCGCCGUCGACCACCACCACCACGCGGUCAUCACCUCGGCCUCGUACGCCUUCCGCAGCGCCGGCAGCACGGUCGGCGUCACGGUCGCGUCCGCCGUAUUCCAGAACCUCCUCCGCGCGCAGCUGUGGUCUCGCUUCGGAGACCGCGACCGUGCGGGCGAGCUCAUCUCGCGCAUCCGCGACAGCCUCGACGAGAUCCAUCACCUCCCUGCAGACUGGAUACCGGGUGUUCUCGACGCAUAUAUGGCUGCGUUGCGCGCCGUAUUCUUGACCCUCAUGGGCACGGCAGUGCUGGGCAGCUUGGUCAGUUUUGCGAUGCGAGAGCACGUCCUCCACAAUAAUUUGUCGCGGCGUUAA